AUGUAUAGUUUAUUUUAUUUUACAAUCUUAGCUGAUUAUCCUAAAUUAACUGGAUUACAUAAUCAAUUAAAAUUGAAUCCAGGUUUAUCUAUAAUACCAAAUUCAAAUCGCUUAACAAGUCUUAUACAUUUUUAUACAUCAAAUCCUGUAUCUUAUUCAUCUAUGAUAGAUGAAAUGACUGGAUUUUUAUCUUAUUAUCAAUAUCAUAUUAUUGGUGGUAUGUUUGAAUCAUGUGAAAUUAAUCCAAAAUUAUUAAAUAUGAGACGUCCAUGUCGUUUUAAUUUAGAUUCAAGUGGUCCAUGUAAUUUAAAAAAUGGUUAUGGUUAUUAUGAAGGUAAACCAUGUUUUAUUAUUAAAUUAAAUCGAAUUUAUGGUUGGUUACCAAUACCAUUAAAUAAUUAUACUAAUAUUUUACUUAAAUGUGAAGGUUUAACUAAACUUGAUUCAGAUUAUUUAGGUAAAAUAUGUUAUUAUGAUAGUGAUUCAUUAAAACAAUAUCAUUCAUUAAAUAAUGAUAUAGAUUGGUGUUAUAAAAAUUAUGGUAUUUAUGAUUCAAUGUUUUAUCCUUAUUUAAAUCAAGCUGGUUAUCAAUCACCAUUAGUAUUUGUACAUUUUCUUAAUCCUAAACGUCAUGUUAUUAUAUGGAUAAAAUGUUAUGCAUUAGCUAAAAAUAUUCAUGUUAAUAUUCAUUCAAAUGAAGGUUCUAUUGUAUUUCAAAUACUUGUUGAUUAAUUUCUAAUACAAAAUACAAUUUCAUUCAUUCAUGUUUGGUUGUUUAAAUGUAAUUCGAUAUUCAUUGUCAUAUUGAAAAAAAGUAGACAAACAAAUAAACAACAAACGAUUAAAUUUUGUAAAACCAGCUAAUUAUUAUUUAAAAAAACCCAAACAUUCUUAUGAAAACAAGAUUAGUUCCAAUAGAGAAUGAAACCUGCAAUUCAUGUAAUUGAAAACACUUUAUACCGUUUUUUUGUGUGCUUCUGUUUUCACAAUUUGUUUUUAUUGUUGUUCUUGUUCUUGUUGUUGUUGCU